CGUAAUUGGAGUGAUUGAUGGGAAAUGAAUCACGGAAUUAACACUUAUUUUUUAAUCGUAAACUAAAACACAGCAUAAAUGCAAUGGUGAUAUGCGAUCACAAAAUGCAGAUAAGGGCAGUAAAUGGUAGAUUUGGAGGCGAGUCGCAUGACUCCCACGUAUGGAACCUCUCAGGAGAACGUGAAAGUUUGAGGACGACCUACGAAAAUGGAAAUAGAAGCGAACGAAUUCUUGGAGACUCCGGAUAUCCUCUUGAACCUUGGCUGCUAACACCAUAUAAGAAUGCGCCAGAACGUUCUGAUGAACUCUAUUUCAACCAACAGUUUACAAAAGGCCGAUCACUAAUUGAACGCGUGUUUGGUGUAUUGAAAGGGAGAUUUCUAUGCUUGUUAUCUGCAAGAGAGCUACAUUACGCGCCUGAAAAAGUUGUUAAAAUUUUGAACGUAUGCUACGCUCUACACAAUAUAUACAUUUUGUACAAGGUAGAAGUACCAAUUAAUAUUACACUUGAUCCAGAAAAAUUUUCCACCACUAAUAUACAUAGAUUACCUAAUAGUGGUAAUUUUAUUACUAUUGCUAGAAACAUUAGGGACGAUAUUAAAACAAAUAUGAUAAAUGCUCGUAACUCAACUUAAUUAAA